UCCGGGGGAUCCGAGUUCUCUCAGUCGACACCCACCACAGCAUUCGGGCAGAACAUCAAUCUCAAAAUUGUGCAGAAAAAAAACCCACCCAGAUCCCAGAUGAUAGUUAGCCGAGAGGACCGAGCGACCGAGGCUUCCCACUAGAGGAACAUCCACUGAUUCCCGACGAGAACCUCCUGCUCAGGACCUGCUCCCAUACUAAGCAAUAGACCAGGAAAUCCCACCAUGGCCGAACAGAAGCCCGCCGGCGAGAAGGCCAAGGGCCUGAAACAGAGCCCCAGCAGCUCCAGCUCGCGGCGAUCGACGAGUCCCAGGACGACACCAGGAGGGAGCACCCCGCCACCACCAGCACCCGGUGCGAAUCAGGCCGCACGACUGGCCAGCCAGGCCCGGCAGCAGGAGCAGAACAACGCCGCCUUCGCCAGGCUCUUCGCCACGCUGGAGGGCGAGCAGCGGAAGCUCCGGGAGCUGGAGGCGCGCCGGAUGAAGCUCACCGAGGAGAUGAAGGGUCUGCGGGCCCUCCUCCUCAAGGAGAACCAGCGCCUGAAGACGACGGUGGCUCCGCUCCUGAAUCCCCCGGCGAUGCCCAGUACCAGUGGCAGUUCCAAGCCAGGUGUCCCGAAACGUCGCGCCAGUCCAGCCGCUCUGGUGCCAUCCCCCGGCCCGGCUGUGGCGCCCAAGCCCGCCUCGGGUGGGGUGGUGGCCGAGCCACCUGCUCCGCCCACGCCCGGGGUGCCCCAUCCCACGCCCAGUCCGGCGCCCAACCGUACGCCCACUCCGAACGUGCCCAAACCCACUCCCAGUCCCGUGGUGGCCGAUCCAGCUGAGGGUGAGGAUCCUCCAGCCACGCCCACGGCCAUCCUGACGAGCAACGUCCCGGCCAUUCCCUCGAUCCUGAAGAAGACCUCCAGUACCGGGCCGGCCGCCGUGGAGCCGGGCCAGGCCAAGACGGUGGCCAUCAACAUCCGGCCCCGGGCCAGUAGCACCGGAAGCAUGCAGCGGAGGGCCAAGGGCGUCGGUGCCAGGGGCAGGAUGCUGCGGAAGAAGAACCACAAGGGGAAGAAUAGGUCGUCGCCGCGAACUAUCGAGUCGAAGCGCGAAGAUGUCACUCCUCUGGACGAGGACUCCCCGGCCAUCUCCAGCACCCUACAGACUCUCGAGAACCGGCGUCCCUACACGAACGCCGAAGCUCCUCGCGAGGAUCUCGACGAGGUCCUGGUCUCCCUGCCCACCCUGUUCACCUUCAUUGACGCCCAGCUGGAGCAGGAGCCGCCGCUCUUCGCCACCGACUCCGAGGAAGUGAAUCAGGACUCUGCGGAGAUCGUGGAGCAGGAGCUGGUACUGAGGGACGACUACCAGCCGGAUGCCAAGUCGCUGCUGGGGGACCUGCUGGGGGAGAAGGUGGCCCCGCCCUCCACAGAGCCGGAGAACCUGGCCCUGGACCUGGUGGACUUGGCAGGGAUAUCGAUAGAAUCGCCAGAGUCGCAAGAAAUAUCGAUAGAAUCGCCAGAGUCGGUGGAGGAGAGUGCAGCGAUAGAGAUAUCGAUAGAAGUGCCUGAACUGGUAGAACUAUCGCAUGAGACGCCGGCAUCUGCCGUCAUACCGAUACAACUAUCGUUUGAGAGGCCCACCCUAUCGAUAGAAGCCCCGCCUGCCGCAGAACUAUCGAUGGCGGUGACCGAGUCCUCGGAGGACUCUGAAGAAAAGGAAGAGGAUCCGAAGAAGGACGAGGACCUCUAGGCCUGCUGGAUUUCCUUGGGCUCCCCAGACUCCACCUUCCAGCUCCGGAUCUGGCUCAUUUUUUUCGAAUCCAUAAAAAUUGACAAAAUAUGAAAAUAAACGGCUGAAUCACUGCCCA